AUGUUGAACCAUUCGUUGUAUCCUGAAAACUACCGACAGAUAGGUGAAAGUUUCGUAAUGGAGUACUACGAUACAAUGCAGCGAGAUAGAAGUUCUCUCAAACUGUUUUAUCACAAUCAAGCAAGGAUGACAUAUGAAGGUGAUGUGUUAGAAGGUCAAGAUAAAAUCGGUGAAAAAUUCCUUUCACUUCCUGCUAACAAAAUUCAAGUGGGUAUAACUAAUGUUGAUGUUCAUCCGAACGAAAAUGCUGUCCUUAUUUUUGUCUGUGGACAAGUACAGUGUGAUGAAGACCAGGUACUACCGUUUUGCGAAGUGUUUUUCCUUCGCAAAUUCAACAAUUGUUUCCUCAUCACUGAUUCUAUGUUUCGUUUGGGUUUGCAUAAUUUCUAA